AGUCAAACACACACACACACACACAGGCAGUGAGGCAGCAGCAGCGGCACAGCGCUGCUGUCAGUGUGCAGAGUGGAGGAGGGGAUUGACGGCAUGCCUCAGCUCCGGGAAUAUAUAUCUCCCCUCAAUCUGUUUCUAUUAAGCGCGCUGUUUUUUUUCUCCUCCCUUCGUACUUACAGUUCACCUUGACUUGUGUCUUUUCCUUGGGAGAAGGCGAUAAGGAAAGCCAGCUGUGCGUCAUCGUGCGUUUUUGCGCAUAAUUUCUGGAUCUUUAAAAAAGGCUCACGCUGCAAAGUCAAAUGCUGGAUCUAUAUGUCAGUACCCAUUUUUGGCUGUAAAAAUGCUGAGUGGCGUCUUCUUGCUGAGCGUCCUCACGGCCACCAGCCUGUCACCGUUGGAAACAGAGAGCCGUAAAACUUCAGCCUCUAAAGAGAUUUGCAAGACCCGCUGCGCCUGUGAGGAGCGAGAGAACAUUCUGAAUAUCAAUUGUGAGAAUGAAGGAUUCACCACUGUUGGUCAGUUCCAGGCACCCCCAAAUAAAAUCUCUCAGCUUUUUCUAAAUGGAAACUUCUUGUCACGGCUCACAGCCAAUGAGUUUGUAAAUUAUGGCAAUGUCACCUCACUGCAUCUGGGGAAUAACGGCCUGCAGGAGAUUCGGACCGGCGCUUUCAAUGGGCUGCGCUUCCUGAAGCGACUCCAUAUGAACAACAACAACCUGGAGGUGAUUAAAGAGGACACCUUUGCAGGACUGGAGAGUUUGGAGUAUUUACAGGCAGACUAUAAUUAUAUCAGCUCCAUAGAGCCAGGGGCUUUUAGUAAGUUGAAUAAGCUCAAAGUGUUGAUCUUAAAUGACAACCUGCUUUUGUCUUUGCCUCCCAACAUCUUCCGCUUUGUGCUUCUCACCCAUUUGGAUUUGCGUGGCAACAGACUCAAGAUGCUUCCGUUUGCUGGUGUUUUAGAGCACAUAGGAGGCAUCAUGGAGAUCCAGCUUGAGGAAAACCCCUGGAAUUGCACGUGUGAUCUGAUCCCUCUAAAAUCUUGGUUGGACACUAUUUCUGUCUUCGUGGGGGACAUAGUGUGUGAGACGCCAUUCAGGCUGCAUGGUAAGGACAUCACGCAGCUCAUAAAGCAGGAUCUGUGCCCUCGCAGGAAUGCCGGAGAGCGUGUUCACCCCCCCUCCAACUCUCACUUUCAAGGGGCCCUGCCUCCAACCUACCACCCUGGCAUGAUUAACCCCACCCGUGCACCAAAAGCCUCCCGCCCGCCCAAAAUGCGCUACAGGCCCACACCACGUAUCUCAAAGGACAAACAUGUCUUUGGACCUAUAAUGGUUUACCAGACGCGGUCCCCUGUGCCCAUGUUAUGUCCCACUGUCUGUGUGUGUACGUCACAAAACCCUGACAGCGGAUUGAACAUCAAUUGCCAAGAACGAAAGUUACAUAACAUUAGUGAGCUGAACCCCAGGCCCUCCUACCCAAAGAAACUCCACUUGACCGGUAACUACUUACAAGUAAUUUACAGAACUGAUCUCACUGAGUACAGCUCGCUGGAACUGCUUCAUUUAGGAAAUAACAGGAUAGCAGUGAUCCAGGAAGGUGCAUUCGAGAAUCUAACCAACCUCAGACGGCUCUACCUGAAUGGGAAUUACAUAGAAUCACUUACACAAUCACUCUUCGCUGGUCUGCAGUCGCUCCAGUAUCUAUAUUUGGAAUAUAACAUCAUCAAAGACAUUUUACCACAAACAUUUAACUCUCUGCAUAACCUUCAGCUGCUUUUUCUUAACAACAACCUGUUAAGAUCGCUCCCUGACAAUGUUUUUGGGGGCACAAUGCUAACACGGCUCAACUUGAGGAAUAACCAUUUCUCCUACCUUGCUGUUCGAGGGGUUCUUGACCAGCUUUCAGCAUUCAUCCAGAUUGACCUGCAGGAGAAUCCCUGGGACUGCACCUGUGAUAUUGUUGCACUCAAGAACUGGAUGGAGCUGUCUAGUACCAGCGUAGUGGUUAAUGAAAUCACAUGUGAUUCGCCCUCUAAACAUGCAGGUCGCCUGUUGCGCUCACUUCGCAAUGAGGCCAUCUGCCCUGAUCCGCCCGAGCUUCCCCCUCCACAAAAUGUACCCCCCACAAAAGCCCCCACAUUAAUAAGCCCUGGCAUCGAAGACUCCACACCUUCCUCUUCUUCUUACAGCUCAGUCAACCCCACUGAAUCCCGAAUCCAGACUCCUGAGUUACACCCUGAGGUCCCACUUUCAGUUCUAAUUCUUGGACUUCUUGUUGUUUUCAUCCUGUCAGUUUGCUUUGGAGCAGGCCUCUUUGUUUUUGUCCUGAAACGGCGAAAAGGAGUGGAACAUGUCCCCACAGGUGCUAAUAACUUAGAUCUCAACUCGUUCCAAUUACCAUAUGGCUCCUAUACUCCUGAACCAACCCAAGACAAAACCACUGUUUGUAACUAUAUCCCUCCACCUGUGGGCUUGAUGUGCCAAAACCCUAUUUACAUGCAGAAGGAUGGCGAACAGAUGAUGUAUUACCGCAACCUGAAGGAGCUGAGCUUUGUGCCGGUGGACACGAAGGAUGUCCUCACCCGCAACCCAGGGGCCUACACCAUCAGCACAAUGGAUUUAAUGAAUAAAUCGCCAACAUCAUGUGGUUUGAGCACCCCAGAACUUCCUGAGAUAUUAUAUCAAAAUUUAGUGGAAAGGACCCAUAAAGAGCUUCCCACGGCUGCAGGUGCCCCUCUCUUUCAUUACAAUUUUUGCACUUUACCGAAGAGACCUUGCAUUGUGCCCCCCUAUGAGGACGCUGCAGCCCGACUGCAUAUCACCAACCAGGAAAGGUUGAACAAAACUAUGCUGUACGGGACCUCCAGGAAAUACUACGGGGGUGAACACCCUUCGAAAAACAAUGAGCACCCGCUUCUGCUCCCUGGGAAGCUAAAAACAGAACCAGACUACCUUGAGGUUCUGGAGAAACAGACAGCUAUGAGCCAACUGUAAGAGGCUCCCUCUCCCAUACCUCUUCCCCUUGAUUCUGUGCACCAUUCAUAAUAAUCAGUUACUGUAAUAAUUGCCCUAUAUCUAUCUGUGUUCAAUCCUACAUAAUUAACCAGAGGCGGAGUCCUUUGGUAAUCACUUUUCUCUCUUUUCUUUAUUUUCAAGAUGUACAAAAGGAAUAUAAGUAUAUUAAUAUAUAUUAUGCAGUUAAAUGAUUUCUUCUUUGAAAAAUUAAAUUCCAAGACUUUGGCAGGUAUACAAUGGACAGGACUGGGUUCAAUUACAG